CGACUUUUAUCUGAGUUGAAAAAUAUGACAGCGCCGGGCUGAUUAACGUUAAUUAACUAUAGUCAAAACGCUUAAUGAUGGGACAUAAUACCUUGAUGUCAGAGAAAGACAGGCGGCAUCUCGUAUUGACAGCGGUUGCUACCCGCUGAUGGCAAUUAUUUUCCGAUAACGGUUAUCGUGUAGGAGGAGGCCGAGCCCGACUUUGUCAUCAGUUCGUCUCUCGUUGUGGAGAUUUUCUCUGAGAAACGCGAAGCAUGUGGGGUUAUUAGGAAUAUUCUGUUCAAAAGCUUUUGCAUUUGCAAUUGUGGAAUUUUAAUUUUCUUCAUUCUACAAGACCUGAGCCCAUUAACAACACGACAGGGAUGCGAUCCACCGAUCAUUUUAGUUGAGCACAGGUUGAAUAGACCAAGAGAGAUUACUGCUACGCAAGAUCAAGAUCAAUAUUUUACUGGGAUAAAGAAAAAACAUUGAUGGAGACCUUGGAGCUAGUCGCCAUGCUGACUGCUAUGGUGAGCCUUGUGCUUUUCAGUGCAGGGUUCGUUGGAUUCUGCUGCUGGAAGCACCCUUCUAUAAGGACUAGAACAUAUUGGGACAAACAGACCAAGAAGAUUCUUAGAGCUCUUUACAACAAAAUUCAACGGGAAAAAGAAAAACCGGAAGAGUCAAAGACAGUAGUGAUGCCUGCAAUGCGCAGGCGCCAAUCGGAACAGACUAAGUUUGUUGUUCCACGGAUUUAUGUAGACUACGGAAGUCGAAGAACUUCCUACGCAUCGGACUAUCACCGGAGAUCAUCAGGCGAAAGCGGAAGCAGUCGGAGGACGUCUUGUGCUUCGUCAUUGGCGUCAAUGGAUGAUAGAAGAGGAUCCGGAAGUAGUUUGAGUAGCAGACGAACUUCUGCUGCUUCCGAUAUUGAUCGGAGGGGUUCCGGAAGCAGUAUUUGCAGUAGACGAACUUCAUUGUUAUCUUCUGAAUGUCCGUCAAGACGAGGAUCCGGAAGUAGCAAAAGUAGCAGAAAAAGUUCGGAUGCUAGUAGAAUUGGUGAUAUUACAGACGACAAUUUAGCAGAUUUUUCAGACUGUGAUAUCUUAGAGGAGGAAGAGUACCAGUCUGUAUUACAGAAGCAGGAACCGCGCAGAUCGAGUCUAGAAGAAAAUUUUGGAAAAACGGUGGCCCCCGCUGACAAGAAAAUGCUGUACCGGAGGAGCCAUUCACUAGCGGAGAUUCGACCUACCCACGUGUUUCUGCCUGAAGGACGAGGUCGAGCAGACGGGAGGCGGAUCACGUUAUCGUCACUGGCGUUGGAUAACAACGUUAGCACAGCUGGCCCCCAGUAUCAACGGAAAAAACCUAAAUUUAAUAGACAAGUCGGGAUCGGCCUACCAGAUAGACCCGUCGUCAUGCAUGAUCUGAACUUGGAAGAGAUGGUUGUGCAUCGGUCUGCUGUUCCCUUGAACCCAACUGGAAAACUGAAAGUACAGUUCCAGUAUUCAGAGGACAGAACAUCACUGAUGGUCAUCAUUAUAGAGGCUUCGCGUUUAAGAAUUGAAGGUUUGCCAAACGAUACGGAAUUGAACCCAUACGUGAAAGCUUUCCUUGUUCCGGGGAAAUCAUUCAAAUACAGAACAAAAACCAUACCAAAAACAAAGAAUCCAGCCUUUUUCGAAAAGUUUAUCAUAAAUGACAUUGUGCCAAGCGAUAUUAACGAUGAGACCGUUUUAGAAUUUCAAGUUUAUUCCUCACAUCAUGUGACAAGGCGACAUCUUGUGGGUGUGGCUUCAAUAUCUCUACGAACGAUAGAAACAUUAGAAAACGGCCUAGUAGAUUUGACGAUCAUGCCACAAACUGUAUUCAGGCUUCAUCAAGGCGACAUCAGGAUAUCCGGUUGUUAUCAACCUGUAGCCGGCAAAAUGGUUUUCAACAUCUUAGAAGCUAGAAAUAUUCCACGCGUUUCAAUUCUUGGUGCUGUCAAUCCGUACGUGAAAGUGGAAAUGUUUGUGAAUGGCAUUAGGGAGUCAAAAGAUACGACUAAAACCCGCCAGAAUACUCAGGACCCAAUGUGGAACCACCAAGUUGUAUUUGAAAUCAACCGAGAAAAUCCCAAACUGUUGGGCCAUGUAUUUGUAUUCCGUAUUUUCCACAAAGACAUGAUGAUGGGCAUUCAAGAAAUAGGCCAGGUUGAGUUUGGUUGGCACAGUCACGGUGAGCAGCUUGACCACUGGUAUGACAUUAUGGAACACCCACACCGACCCACCGACUACUGGCAUCAGAUCAUCAAAACCAGCAAAAUACAGACGUAACGCCCAUCACAUCACGUGACCAGAACAUGUGACAGGAAAAUCUUAGUGUCUGUUGGGGGUUAGAUGUUAUAACAAUUAAUGAUACCCAAUAUGAACCCCAGAAGGAUAUAUUUUUAGAGUAGAAUUGUUGUUUAUGGUAUGAUACAAGCGAUAUUCUACAUAAAAACCUGUUAUAGAAGCAAUUCAUCAGAGACAUAUAUUAAUGCGUAUGUUGAUUUAAGCAUGCAUCAUUAAAUAGUAUAUUUUACAGUUGUCUUUCUCGUUUUGUGUACUGGUUUAAAAUGUGAUUUUUAACAUUAUAUUUUCUUAAAACGAUAUGUUUGUAAUUUCCAAGAAUUUGUAAAUGGUGUGAAUGUGCAGAUACCAGGAUUAAAUCCCUCAUCUAUUUU